CAAACACACCCUAUCUACCGCAAUUUUCGUGUUCACUUGGGGAUGAGCUAGGCUUCUCAAUUUUCUCAGAACAACCUGAUGGGGCUCGAAUUUGCCAGCUCACAGAUGCACAAACAGCCCCAAACUUUUAACCAGAGAGUGCUAUCGACUGUUCAUGGAGCGCCCAGGAGGUGUUCGAUGUUUUUUCUGAACAAAAACCAUCGGCUCUACUCGCCCGGAUUCUGCGCCUGCCUGUCCGCUGGUGCUUUACCAAUUACGGAAAAGUGUAAUCGGGAGUUUAAUGGCCAAAGAAUAUCUGAAAAGCUGCAACUUGGGUGUGCGUUGGAUGAACCACAGAACUUUGAUACAGAGGUUAAAAGAGAUAGGGGAAUGGGGAGGAGUGGGCUUAAAUGGUACUCGGAGAUUCUAAAAGAUUGUGCGGAAGAAAUUAACUUGAAUAAGGGAAAAGCGAUUCAUGGUCAUAUAGUUAGAAGUGGAGCUGAGUUGGAUACACAUUUAUGGAUUUCGUUGAUAAACUUCUAUGCAAAAUGUGGUGCUUUGGAAUGUUCACGUCAUGUGUUUAAGCAAAUGCCGUCGAAGGAUGUUGUGUCGUGGACUGCUUUGAUAUCUGGUUUUGUAGCUCAAGGAUAUGGGGUUGAAAGUGUGAAGUUGUUCUGCGAGAUGACGAGGGAGGAUGUGAGACCAAAUGAGUUUACUCUGGCCACGGUAUUGAAGGGCUGUUCGGCGUCGUUGGAUUUGGAGGUUGGUAAACAAUUGCAUGGUGAGGUGGUCAAGAUCGGCGUGAUUUCGGACGCGUAUAUUGGUUCUUCUUUGAUUGAUCUUUACACCAGAUGUGGGGAAUUGGCAUAUGCAGAUGACAUUUUUGGUAUGAUGCCAGAGAAGAAUAAUGUGAUGUGGAAUGCUUUGCUAAAUGGUUAUGCACAGGUUGGACAUGGCGAAGCCGUUGUAAGGUUGUUCUGCGAAAUGGUGGAGCCAGAAAUGAGGUUUAGUAAUUAUACCCUAUCAAUUGUUUUAAAAGGAAUUGCUCGGUGUGGUGCUUUGAGAGCUGGCCAGGGAGUCCAUUCUAUUGUAAUCAAGAUUGGGGGUUACGUUGAUGAUUUUGUUAGUUGUAGCCUGGUUAAUAUGUACUCUAAAUGCGGAGUAGCUGACGAUGCCCUUAAAGUUUUUAAGGUGGUAAAAAAUCCUGAUGUAGUUGCGUGGAGUUCAAUCAUUAGCGUGCUCGAUCAGCAAGGUUUAAAUAAAGAAGCAGCUAAGUUAUUCUGCUCGAUGAGGCUUUCUGGUAUGAGGCCUAAUCAGUUUACGUUGUCAAGUCUUGUUAGUGCUGCAACUGAUAUUUGUGACCUGAGAUACGGUCAAAGUAUCCAUGCCUGUGUUUAUAAAUUUGGUUUUGAAUUCAAUGAGUUGGUCAGCAAUGCACUUAUAGGGAUGUAUAUGAAAUUUAUGUCAAUUAAUGACGGCUAUCGAAUCUUCAAUAAAAUGGCUAAUCGGGAUGUAGUUUCCUGGAAUGCCCUUCUAUCGGGCUUCCAUGUGGAAACUUCUGAUGAAGGAUCCAGAAUCUUCAGCCAGAUGCUUGUAGAAGGUUUGAGGCCCAAUGAAUACACGUUCAUCAGCACAUUGAGGUCUUGUUCGAGCUCCUUGAAUGUCGAAUUCGGGAGACAAGUGCACUCACAUGUUAUUAAAGGUAAAUUUGAGGAUUAUGAAAAUGUGGGAACCGCUUUAGUUGACAUGUAUGCUAAAUGUGGACGCACCGAAGAUGUUGAAACAAUUUUCAACAGAUUACAUGAGAGGGACAUCUUCACUUGGACAGUUCUCAUUUCGGGAUACUCGCAGACGGAUCAAGAUGAAAAAGCUGCUCGCCAUUUCAACAAGAUGCGCAGAGAAGGUGUUAUUCCGAAUGAAUUCACUUUGGCCAGCUGUUCGAAGGCUUUCUCCGGGAUUGCAAGCCUUGAAAGUGGGCGAUCCUUGCAUUCCCUGGCGGUUAAAUUGGGUCACUCUGCUGAUAAUUUUGUAGCUAGUUCACUGAUUGACAUGUAUAGCAAAUGUGGGUGCAUUGAGAGUGCCAGCUUGUUGCUCUCUGGCAUGGUUUCUAAUGAUACUAUUCUAUGGAAUUCACUUAUUUGUGGAUAUUCUCAACACGGCAUGGGUGAAAAGGCACUUCAAACAUUUCGAGAAAUGGUGAAUAAAGGAGUAUUGCCGGAUGCUGUUACUUUUAUUGGGAUUCUUACUUCAUGUAGCCACAUGGGGUUGAUUGAAGAAGGGAGAAAGUAUUUUUACACAAUGAGUGAAUCUUAUGGAAUUACUCCAAGUAUUGGGCACUACGCUUGCUUGGUUGAUUUACUUGGUCGAGCAGGAAACUUUGAUGAGGUUGAAAGCUUGAUUGAGCAAAUGGAGCUAACACCAAAUGCUUUGAUCUGGGAGAAUGUUCUUGGGGCAUGCCGACUCCAUGGAAACAUUGAAUUAGGUGAAAGAGCAGCAAAUAAACUUUUUCAAAUGGAGCCGCAAACAGAUUCAAACUAUAUUUUGCUAUCUAAUCUUUAUGCACAGAGAGGAAGGUGGAGAGAUGUUUCUAAGCUAAGGGCGUCCAUGUCCAGUAAGGGCAUAAAAAAGGAACCAGGGUGCAGCUGGGUUGAGAUCAAUGCUCAAGUCCAUACUUUCUUAUCUCAAGAUGUGUCACACCCAAGCCUGAGGGACAUUCAUCGAAAGUUGGAGGAGUUGGGACAGAAGGUUUCUGCUAUAGGAUAUGUGCCAAACACAAAAUAUGUGCUUCAGAAUGCGACGGACAGAGAAAAAAUUGAGAACCUUUUUCAUCAUAGUGAAAGGUUGGCAUUGGGUUUCGCUUUGAUUAACAAAAACAGUAGUGGAAAAAUCAGAAUCUUCAAGAACCUUCGCAUAUGUGGAGACUGUCAUGAAUUUGUAAAAUUUGUCUCAAGCAUAGUCAAUGAAGAGAUUGUAAUUCGAGAUGCCAGCCGCUUCCACCACUUCCGCCAUGGCAUGUGCUCUUGUAAUAAUUAUUGGUGAUUUUGUGAUGCACUUUGCCAUGCCAUUAUGUAUUUGCUCAUGUCAUGGAGUUGGGGAGUUAAGCACUUGAAGCAUCAGAUCAUCCCCUUGGGAGGGUGAAGAAACCAGUGGUUGGGGAUUUAUGGAACUAAAAAAGUUCAGCAUAUGAUGAUACCAUAAUAGUGCUGUAGAGCACUUCCACCAAGAUGCCGAAACAUGUUUUGUAGACAUCAGUGUCUGUCUUCAAUUUAAGCAGUCUUGGUUCCACACACCCGCCAUUUUCUUACACAGGCCUCAAAGAGAACACAGGCUUGGGAUAAUAGGAGCAUCAGCCGGAACACACAAGUCUUCUUCUUGAAGGGCCUGAUGGUUGGCAAUGUUCAAGAAGAUGUUUUAAGGAUGUCUUAAAUUAUCAUUGAAGGGUUUGUGCAGACCAAUUUUGAUCUGUUCGUGUUGCCAGCCUGUCUGCUGCAAUAUUUUAUAUGUUGACUUACCAAUGAUGCAAAAUAGUGUUUGUGAAAAUUAAGAAGA